ACGAAGCAAUAAUCAACACAAUGUUCUCAAAACUCGUAGCUCUUUGCGCCGUAGUGGCGGUGUCCUCGGCCGGACUCCUGCCGGCCCCGGUACACUACUCUUCCGCGUCCGCUGUCUCCUCUCAGAGCAUAGUACGUCAUGACGAACAUGCUACUCCCGUCGCCAAGAUAGCCCUCGCAGCCCCAGUCGCGUACCACGCUGCACCCGCCACCGUGGCUUACCACGCUGCCCCCGCCGCCGUCGCCUACCACGCUGCCCCCGCUGCCGUCACCUACCACGCUGCCUCUGCUCCCGUCGCCUACCACGCCGCUCCUGCUCCCGUCGCCUACCACGCCGCUCCUGCUUCCAUCGCCUACCACGCCGCUCCCGUCGCUAAAGUGAUCGCUCAGCCCGAGGAAAUCGCUUACCCCAAAUACGAGUACAAUUACUCUGUUGCUGACGGACACACCGGUGACAACAAGCAACAACAAGAAUCUCGUGAUGGUGAUGUCGUGAAGGGAUCAUACUCCUUCCAUGAAGCCGAUGGCUCUAUCAGAACUGUGGAGUACUCCGCUGACGACCACAGCGGUUUCAACGCCGUGGUACACAACACCGCGCCCACCGCCGCCCCCGUCGUCGUCAAGACCCCCGUCUACGCCGCCCCAGCUCUCCAGUACUACCACCAUUAAGCACUAUAUACUUCGACGCUACUCUUUAUACCAAAUGAUAUUAAAGUAUUU